AGCCCAGACCGUGUCAAAUUUUGAAAAUAUUUUCAAGACUAUCAGAAAAUAAUAGAAUAAAAUAUAUUUUGAUGUUUUAUAUUUCAUAUAUUAAAGAGAAAAUGCAACAAAUCGGGACAAAUCUAGAACAGGAUUCAUUACUUUCACACUGAAAUUUCCUGAGACGCAACUGGCUGUCAAAAACAUUGUGCUACGUAUAACAUAUCAUCUACACAAAAGUAUUUUCUUAGGCACAUAUUGUUACAAGGCAGGCAAAGAAUGAGGAUCUAAGUGCAACUUUAUUAAAAUAAACAAAAAAACACAGGGAACCGAGCACAACAAAACAUGCAAGAACUGACAAAUUAACUGGGGGAAACAAGGGCUUAAAUACACAAGGGAAAACAAACAAGGGAACGAAGAACACCUGGGGAAACAAUCAGGGAAUGAGAAAUAAUCAUUGAGAACCAAUCAAGGAAUAAAACUACAAAGGACUACAAAUCUAGGAACUGGAACUAAACAAAAAUUUCAACAUAAAAGUACAAAAACAACAGACAACAGGGAAUAUCACACAUAUGGAGUCUAAAUAGAUGCACAACCAGGGCUGGGAGGGUUACUUUUGAAGUGUAUCCCACUAGAGAUUACAGAAUACAUGCUGUAAAAUGUAAUUUGUAUUCCGUUAGAUUACUCAAGGUAAGUAACAUAUACGUAUAUAUAUAAUUUUGAUUACUUCUUCAGCACUUUUUUCAUGUGUUUUGACUAUAAAAACUCUGCCAGUACAGUAAGACAAAAUACACAUGUUAAAAAUACAUUCUCUGAAAAACCUAAAUAUAUUAUGCAGUGUUGUUUCUAAAACAAGGAAGGUCAUAUUUUUUAAUUGGAGAUGCAGAACGAUGGCAAAAAGACAUCUUAAUUUACUGGAUUAUUUUAGACAGGGCCCAAUGUCUGAAACCAAACAGGCAAGAGUAAUUAUAGAUCAGCAUUGUGGUCAACACAGUUCUAAUUUCAAGUGCAGAGUGUGAGAGGGGUUUUUCUCAAAUGAACUUAAUUUGCAAUGCCAACCGAGCAUCUCUCCACACCUCCACAAUUUCAUUGCUUCUAUUUCUCUGCCUUGUUGGACCCCCACUAUCUCAGUUUAACCCCUUUCCAUACGUGAGGUCAUGGAGUUCAAAAGGACACAAGACCGCAAAAGACACCAGAAGCAAAGCACGAAAUAGAGAGACAGAGGGAAAAGUCUGUUUUAUGGUCUAUUUUAAACAACUAAAAGGAAAGGGAAUACUAAAUGGUUACCAUGGCUACAGCAAUCUAAACAUUUGGGACUGUUCCACGCGUUCUUUUGCCUUACUUACAAGUAGUAACAUGUCGAAAUCGAAGCAAGACCAACUGUACAAGUUGAAUAUGCAGAGAGAAACGUGGUGUCGCGUCGAGACAACCAGCAGGUUCUGGAAUUUGCCUGAAAGAAAACAUUUCCGUUGUCACCUAAAGAACACCUGUGACUUCAGUGCACGACAGAGUCUCGAGCAACGGUCUUUCUGGAUGGGGAACAACAACACCCAGCAUCCAGAACGAAGACACUUUGAAGAGACCUAUCGCGCUCAUCUGGUGUGAGGAACUGCAAUCAACCUAAAUGCAGAGUAAAUGUUUUUCUCCAGACAGCAAUAAACAUACUAUAAUCAAC